UCGAUAGCACUAGUUCAGUUCGGAACUUUAGCUAUCGUCGUGAAAGUGAAUUGCAUAUUAUAUGUUUUUUUGUUAUAAAUUUGCAUUUGCAAACCAUAAUUUUAUGCUGAAAUACGCAAAAGAGCACUCGUUGAUCACGUAUACCUCUGCCGUGUGUGUGAGUGCAUAAAUGUGCAAGUGAAGCAAAAGCAAUAAAAGCACACGCAGCUGUCGAACAACAACAGCAACAACAACUACGUAUUUUAUUGUUUAUAUAUAUUAUUUGUUGGCUUGGCCUACGUGAUUGAAAUGCAUGCAGUCUAUAUAGUAUAGACAGAAAGUCCAAUUGUUGAACGAGUGCUGGUGAAAUGGGCCUGAAUGCAAAAAUUGGCCAAUUUGCCGCUUGAAAAUAUUUCAGAUAAGUUACGUUGCCAGAGGUUCGCAGAGGGCUGGCGUUGCCAAUAUGUUGUAGAAGAGCGGACGCGACAAGGAUAUGCAGAAGAAGCCACCAUCGAUGCCAGCACGUUGUGCCAUCUGUGGCACAUGCGAGCAACUGUUGCGCUGCGCCAAAUGCAAAAGCAUCUAUUAUUGCUCCUCGGAGCAUCAGCACAUCGAUUGGCCCAAUCAUCGCCACGACUGUCGUCUGUUGGCGCGCCAAAAGAACCAGAGCCACAACAACAAUAGCAACAAUAAAAUGCAACAGCUGCAACAGGCGGUGGCAGCCACAACGCUGGAUGUGAGUGGUGCCAAUUGUUCUACGGCACAAAUGAUGACGACAGCGGAACAGACUCAAUCCUGGCCCAACGAUCUAGACGAACUGUUGUUCGACUUAUUGGCGCAGCCUCAAAUGCCAUCGCCGCACACAGCGCAAUCUGGCGACGUUAAUCAACACCAAAAUUCGCAACAUAAUCAUAAUCACCAACACCAGCACAAUGGUGAGAAGAGUUCCAGCUAUCAGAUUGGUCUAACGGAUGCCAGCUUUAUGGGCAGCGGCAGUGAAAUACGCUAUGAGGAUCUGUGUCGCAAUAUCAUCAGCGACAUGAAUCAAUAUGGACUCUCUGUGGUCGACGAUUUCCUCGGCCUGGACAAGGGCCUGAAGAUCCUGAACGAGGUGCGUAGCAUGUACAAUGCGGGCGCAUUUCAUGAUGGCCAGCUGGUGCACAAUAUGCGAACCACCACCGAUACCCAACCGUCGGCGGUGCGCGGCGAUAACAACAUUCGUGGCGAUAAAAUCAAAUGGGUUGGCGGUAAUGAGCCCGGCUGCGCCAAUGUCUGGUAUCUGACCAAUCAGAUUGAUUCUGUGGUUUAUCGUGUGAACACCAUGAAGGAUAAUGGCAUUCUGGGCAACUACCACAUCAGAGAGCGAACGAGAGCAAUGGUUGCUUGUUAUCCGGGGUCUGGCACACACUACGUCAUGCACGUGGACAAUCCCAACAAGGAUGGACGCGUUAUUACAGCCAUAUACUACCUGAACCUUAAUUGGGAUGCCAGGGAAAGCGGCGGCAUAUUGAGAAUUCGACCCACGCCUGGCACAACUGUUGCGGAUAUUGAGCCGAAGUUUGAUCGCCUGAUAUUCUUCUGGUCGGACAUACGAAAUCCUCACGAGGUGCAGCCGGCGCAUCGGACACGCUACGCGAUUACCGUUUGGUAUUUCGAUGCCAAGGAGCGCGAGGAGGCGCUCAUUCGGGCCAAACUGGAAAAUAGCAAUGCGAAUGCUUUGGCGCAGCUCGCCGAACCCGACUCUACCACAACUAGCACACCCGCCUCACCAACAACAACAACAACAACAGGAGCAGCAGCAUCAUCUUCAUCAGCAGCAACAUCCAGCUCCUCAUCCUCAUCCUCAGCGUUUACGCCCGCCAGCAUGACAACGGGCACAGCAGCAGCGGCACUCAAUGCGAAUGUGGCAAGCUGUUCCUGUGCCGCCAGCAAUGAGAUUUGCACGUAGCCCGAUCUGGCUACAAAACCAUGUAUAUAUACCGUCUAUCUAUAUAUAUAUAUCUUAUCCAAACACACACACAUUGUAAAAAGCUAGUUAAACAUAACAAGUACUAUUUAUAUCUAAUUCUUAAGUUAUGAAAAUGAAAAAACUGUAUGUGUAGUAUAGUCUCAGCGUGAUGAUUUUGCUGCACGAGUCUAAACUAUUUUACAAACAUGUGAAUCAAAGCUCCUUUAGUCAUUUAAUACCUAAUCUAGUUGUUAGCCCGUAAAUCGUAUUUUUAGUUAUUUUUGCAUUAAUCUGACCCACGUAGCUAACGGCCUUAUCAGCGUCAUGUAGAUUGUUUCUUUUCUUCUACGAUUUCUUCUGCAAAAACUGUUUUAACUUGCGUAGGUUUGCCAAAGUAUUAUAGCUAAAGCGCAGCUUCCAUCGAAGCCAAAAUAUCAAACAUUUAUUUGCUAUCUCAAAAAUUUUGUAAAAACCACUACGAAAACUGUUUAUUUGGUUGUUUUGCAUUUGUCCACAAAACUUGUUCAACUCUCACAUAGUUAGAGAUUUUAGCGCAAACAACAAAAAUACGAUAUCUGAAGAAAUAAAUAAACAUAUUAUCAAAAAUCUCUUGUUUAUAGGCAACAUAUAUGCUGUGUUUGUACGCCAGCCAAUUGCACAUAAUAUCGAAUAAACUAAUCACAAAAAUGCAUCAAAUAAAAUGUUAAUUAGAAUAAAUA